UCUUUCUUUAGAAAAGAAAAUCAACAGAGUUGGGUGUUUGGAUUUUUCCAUUUUUUUCUGGAGAAUUUUUUUCAAACUAAGAUCGAUUUCGAUGGGACGAGAUAAUUUUGCAGAGAGAGCUCUGAGUUUUCUGCGGGGCAGGCUUUGUGACCCUUCUUUUAUCUUCAGUUCAUUCUCCAACUCUACUGAUUCCAAUUACAGUAAAUUGAAAUUCAUAGUGUCAAGUUCGGUCACUGAGGCUUGUAACAACUCCAUUCUGCUUCUUGGUCCCCGUGGCUCCGGAAAAGUUGCAGUGCUGGAGCUUGUUAUCAAGGAUUUGUUGCUAGAAUUCCCUGAUAUGAUUACAGUGAUCAAGCUAAGUGGACUCUUGCACAGUGAUGAUAAUUGCGCAUUCAAGGAAAUAGCUAGACAGUUAUGCGUGGAGAAUCAGCUAAUGUUCUCAAAAAUGGCUUCGUUUGAUGAUAAUUCCCAGUUCAUGUUAGCCAUGCUUCGAGAGUGUGGAUUAGCUCAUAAAACAAUUAUUUUCAUAUUGGAUGAAUUCGACCUGUUUGCUCAGGGAAAACAGAGAUUACUUUACAGUUUGCUGGAUGCAAUGCAGUCAGUAUCAUCACAAGCUGUUGUUAUUGGUAUCAGUUGCCGACUGGAUGCUGAUCAGCUUUUGGAAAAGAGAGUAAGAUCUCGCUUUUCGCAUAGAAAGCUAUUAUUCCUUCCUUCUAGUAAGGAGGAAUGGCAUAGAUUAUUGGAGCAUAUUUUAUUAUUGCCAACAGAGUCAACCCUCCCUCAGAACUAUAUUGCUGAAUUCAACGAAAAAUUACAAAAUAUUUUAACAGAUGAUCGAUUUAAUGAGAUUAUUAAUACAUGCAUGAAUACAGAUUCCACUGUCAACCACUUGUUAAAAUUUCUUUUUCGUGCUGUUUCCAAUAUGGAUUUGGCAACUGGUUUUCUAUCUCUGGAGAAUUUCAAAACCGCAUUUUCGACUAUCCAAAGGCAGCCUAAGCUAGAAUGCAUAAAAGAUUGUUCUAUAUUGGAACUCUAUAUUCUGGUAUGCAUGAGGAGGAUGGAAAUUAAAGAACAAAAUUCAUACAACUUCAAUUCCAUAAUGAAAGAGUACAAAAACGUGCACGAUUCAUGUCAGACAUCAGAUUAUUAUGCUCAAAACGUUUGCUUAAGGGCAUUCGAACACCUUUUACGACGUGAACUCAUCAGUUUUGCAGACAACAGAGGAAACAAUCAGUCCAUUGAAUUUCGUCCAGUAAAGCUUUUAGUCUCAUCCCAUGUACUACAACAGGCACUGCUGUCAAAUCGUUCCAGUCCCGCUAUUCUUCUCAAAUUGCUGGCUGGUGAGCUGUUCUCACGCAGGUGAUGAAAUAUGAACUCUGCUGUCUUUCACAGUAAUCUCAUCUCCCUUUUCGUUCAUAUUGAAGAAAAAAAUGGUGAAAGAACCACAUUCCUUGAGGCUAUUUUUUAGACUAACUGAAUGACUGUUUCAUCAUCGAUGUUUAUCUUCCUUAAUUAGAUUGUGGAACUACCAGGACAAUCAGUUGAAAACCACUUCAAAAAUGUCCAAAUUAUAAUAAAUACAUAAGAAAAACGACACGUAUGAUACUAAUUAAAACGCAUC